AUGGCAGAGAUAGUAGGGGUUGUCGCAAGCGUUGUAGCGCUAUCGAAAUGCUGUGUUGGCGCCUUCAAGGCUGUAGACGACAUCCGUCAAGCUCCAGCAUUAUUUCAGAAUUUACAGGAGGAAGCGCACCUUUUCCAGGAAGUACUUCGAGAAGUCAACAACGCAGUGGGAGAUUCACCAAUAGGAGCCGUACACGAGAUUCUAUUGAAGGCGCAGAAGGGCAACAUUGCUGCCAUUCGUGACGAGCUUAAGGAUGUACGAGUCAAUUUGCUUAUCGCCCUGAGCAUGCAGUCAAUGUUACGCCCUGCAGAGUUUACAGCGGCAACAUCGGAGACAGCUAAGCCCAGGUCACACUUUCGCUCAACUAGUGGAGAGUCUUCAGUCCAGGCGCCCCCUAUAGAGAGACUACGCCGGACCCUUGAGACAUUGGACGUGGACGACGGGGACAUUCUCGUUGAAGCAGAGGUAAAACAGUCAGAAGAAGAGCAACCUCAGGUCGACUUCCAUAGAGUCAAAGACUUGAAGACGAGUCAAGCUCUUCGGAAAGCCAGUCCUCUUACCUCGUUAGAAAAGUCCAUGUCUUUUCGACCCGAGACAUUGGCAUGCGCCGACACGGCAACACUCUUCAGCCACAUGACCAUACAAGCUAGCAUCACAAACAUGACUCGAACCAACCUCUAUGACAUGUUCUACUGCAAGACGCCGAGACAGUGGAUCAGACUUCGAGUAUCUGUCACAUUUAGCGUCGAGUCACGAUUCUGGAACUACGAGAGUGCACCAGCAUGCACGGGUACAAAAAAGGAGCUCCCGCCCAAUGUGGGCCAGAUCUUGAAAGGAUUUCUCAAAUCCCGCGUCAAUUUACAGCAAGACACGCAUCUCCAGAUCCACUCGGGAAGCCAAGUACAGAUCGUCAAGUCAACGUUCCAACCCACAGCGUACUUCAAGACAAUCACGAACAUGCUCCGCCAUCUCAACUGUCCGCGCUUCUCAGAGGAUUUACUCCUUCAGGUCCCGCUCCACAGGCGCGAGCGGAGCUUCUUCUUUGUUUCACGUCUGCCAUCACAGUGGACGCUUGACUUUCGGUUCGGGUCGGAGAGGUCGCUUAAUGAUGUUCUGUUAUACCAGCUUCAAGCUCUUCACUGCCUACGCGGCGCACCCGGAAUGUCUCCGUUUCUUGGACUAGUUACAGAUCAAGACACCGCUCUGGUCAAGGGGUUCUUAUGUGAGCUGCCCGCAACAGGGCUCUUGUUUAAGACUGUUAUGGCUGAAGCUACAAACUCGGGUGUACCAAUUUCGUGGGACAGGCGGGAAAGAUGGUGUAGAGACAUCAUACGAGCCGUCGCUGAAGCACAUUCGAAAGGGUUCCUCAUUGGCAAGCUAGGCUGGCCUAUGGGCAGCGGUAUUGCCGUUGAUGGGCAAGACCGAGCAGUCUUAUUUCACUUCCAGCCCGUCUUCUUCUACCAGAAACACCAGAGGGGCAGACUGCCACCAGAAUGCAAAAACCUAGGCGCUGCUGAUGGCUUUUUUACUGCAAAUCCAACUACCGACAUCUUCCAGCUUGGUUUGACCAUCUGGCACAUCGCCGCAAACGUCCACUCACCGACACCCAGUCAGUUCUGUGACUUGACUGGAUGCGUUGGUAAAAUGAAUACCCUUUGCACAGAGCCACAUGCCGACCCGGUCCAGCUCCCGCCACUUCCUGGUAUACCGCAAUACCUGACAGAUGUCAUUUACUCUUGUCGCGUUGAGAAGCCUCACCAAAGGUCUGCUGCUUGGGAGCUGCUUAAGAUGUUCCCACUUGAAGCAGAGAUUUGCGCCACGCCGGGUGGGCUGGGUGGACCGGUAGUUGGUACGCCUCUUGGAGAAAAGGUGCCAAGUGGCGGCAGCCCAGCCUCUUGUUCUUCAAGGACCAUCCAAGACCAAAAUACCCACGAACAUCCCAAAGAGCUCAUCUGUCACCUGGAAGAGGUUCAGAAACUAUAUGACAACAGCAGCAUCUGCGACAUCUGCAAACGACUCACUACCGAUCGUAGCUUCCAGUGCAUCAUUUGCUCAGUUACCUCCUACGAUAUAUGUCCCCAGUGUUUCUCAAAAGGGGUGCAUUGUCUAGAGCCUCGUCAUUAUCUUACGGAACAAGGAUCACAAGUCUUUAAGGAACGGUUGUUUUCGAACGUCAAAGAGAAUGGCACAAGAGAGAUUAUUGUGUUAUGA